AUGGCGAGCAAGGUGCAAAUGGUCUACGUCAUCUCUGACGCCCUCUUCCUUCUUAUGGGCAUCUUCAUCCUCAUUUUCUGCGUCGUCGUGAACAACAUCAAGGAUAACGCACCUUCCAACGGGAGGGAAGCUGCACGGAAUCUGAUGUAUCAACAAUUCCCCCUGACAGCGGGUAUUGUUAACUCUGUCUUCAUUUUCGUUACUUUCAUCACCACGCUUCCCGGUCUCGCUCUCGGAUCGCGUCCCUGGAUCAAGAUCGGCGGUUAUCUAACAAUUGUCUGCGCCAUUUUCACCAUGAUUCUUGGCUUGUAUCUUUGGAUCAUGACCCUCAAGACGCGCGCCAGCUUCGCCAAGGUUUUCGCCGUGCAGCCGGACGACAUCAAGAGCUUGAUGCAGACCACCUUCUCCUGCUGUGGUUACUUUAACGCCACGUCUGCCCCAGUUUUCGUCACCGACGCUACAUGCCCCAGCCCUGCCGCUGCGGCACUCAUGCGUGGCUGUGUGGCCCCUAUUUCUAGUUUUAUCAAUGUGCUCUUGGAUAACAUUUUCACUGCGAUGUUUGGCAUGGUGGGCAUCGACGUCGUGUUCCUGCUCUCUGCCGUGUGCCUGCUGAAGGAGCGCAAGGAGCGCGAGCGCUUCCGUCAUAUUGACGAGAAGAACGGUAUCGGGAGGUUUUGA